GUUCCGUGUUCCUUGACUCGUGUUUAAUGUUUACCAGUGUUUGUAUACAGACAACGUGUGUGUGUACAGGAUAAACCAAUGUAAAUGUAUCUGAUAGUACCUGUGUAAUAUUAAUGUGAAUGUACAUGUGGGUAGCUAAGUAAUGUUAAUGUAAAGCUUAAGAGGCGAUGGUGUAUGAGGUAGUGGUGUCUGGCACUGAUGGUGUUAGUGGUGCGGCGCCUGGUGUGUGGUGCCUUGGCUCAGUCUGGUCCACUACUCUACCCUUCACCAACACUCCAGUUCAACUUUCGGAAUAAUGGCUGGCAAUUUUAAAGUAUUAACUGAAGAUGCUCAAUUUCAAGCCGAACUAAACCAGGCAGGAGGUAAACUUGUGGUCGCGGAUUUUACUUCAGCGAGAUGUGGCCCGUGCCAACGCAUAGCACCCCUGUUUGAGGAGAUGGCAGCAAGAUUUCCAAAUGGUAUGUUCUUGAAGAUUGAUGUUAAUCAGUGUGCAGCUGCUGCUUCAUCCCAGGGAGUGUCAGCCACUCCAACAUUUAUAUUCUACAGAAAUAAGACCAAGCUUGAUAGCUUACAAGGAGCAGACCCAGAAACUUUGGAGGCACGAAUUCGUCAACAUUAUGGUGAUGGAGAGGGUGAGGAAGUUGAAGAUUCUGGCGUGCCUGGACAUAUUGACUUAAUGCCAAUGAUUAACAAGGCUGGUUGUGAAUGUCUAAAUGAAAGUGAUGAUCAUCCCUUUACUCAGGCAUUAAGUUCAGCAGGUGGUUAUCUUGAAUCAGACACAGAUGAACAGUUAAUAUUGUACCUGUCUUUCAACCAAGCUGUGAAAUUACACAGUAUGAGAAUUAAGGGACCAGCAGAAAAUGGACCCAAGAUCAUGAGGUUGUUUAUCAAUCAACCUCAUACUAUUGAUUUUGACUCAGCUGAGUGUGCCAAUGCUGUUCAGGAGUUAACGUUAACUACAAAGGAUUUAGAUGGUGAACUGCUUCCUCUCAAGUAUGUGAAGCUACAGAAUGUGAUGAACCUGACAAUAUUUGUCAAGAACAAUCAAACGGAUGCAGAGACAACUCACAUCUCUUAUAUUCAGAUAAUUGGCUCGCCUGUGCAAACCACAAAAAUGUCUGACUUUAAGCGUGUCACUGGGAAGAAGGGUGAGAGUCACUGAUUAAAGGGUAAAACUAGUGUUUGCAAAUGUUUUAGUUUUAAGGUAAGAAUUCAAAAUUAAUUUAUUUGAGUCAUAUCCCAACAGAAAUUGUUUUUAUUCAUUAAAAUUCUUUUAUGUGAAAAACACAUAAUUGAAAUAUUAUCCAGUAAUUAUUAGAUACAUAAUUAAUAUGUAUUAUUAAAUAUUUAAAUGUUAUAAAUUCAUCUUUAAUACAAAGUGACAUUGGGUAGUGUUAAUUACAAUCUAAUACAGUGCUGUGUCUAAACAUAAUGGACAUAAAUCUUUCUGAAUUGGUUUGUUAAUACAGUACUUCAUAAUAUAUUAUGUUAAUGCAAUACUGUAAUAAUUACCCCCCCCCCUUUUUUCACAAGUUGGUAUCGCUUUGAAUAAUAAACAAAAUAAUUGAAGUUUCAAAUGUUUUAGUUUUUUGUGUACAGUAUCCAUCAUAAUUUAUAACAUCAUUAUUGGAGGCCAUAGAGAACACUUAAUAUUCAUUGUUGAUAUGUAACUCACCCUGCGCAUCUGCAAACAUUUAAUGUGCACAAAUCCUCCCACUCAUGCAUUAGGAAGUUCCUUAUCUAUUGCCCAAUCAAAUGCACAUCUAAACCUUCUUGAUGAAGCUCACACGACUUAGGCUGUAAUUCUUCUUGGUUGCCUCUUCACGUUCAAGAUCGAGGCAAAUAAACACAUUUCAGUGAACUUAAAGUAACUGUAAGAGACUUGCAUUAACUUUGGGUUAACAUCCAUGUUUGAGCAGAAAUCAGUUGUGUUUAGCCCAUAGCACAGUCAAUAGCAGAAGUUCAUCCCAAGCUAACUUGCAUGAUAUGAGGCAGGUGAUCUGAUAACACUGCUUGGGGAAGAAUUGAUAGAUAUGGUUUUAAUGGCUAGUUAUUGAAGAUUUAUGGUCGGAGAUUGCCCAAAAAUACAUUUCUAGUACAGUACAGGUAUCCUCAGGUCUGCUAUUGGGUUAGGUUCCUGAAAAACCCAUCGCAGGUCAAAAUAUCGUAGACCGGGAGUAUUAUAGCUAGGGUUUAAUGGAAUAAGUUCCUGGCCAGUUACACACCCACAUGUAUCACUGAAAAAAAAAUCUACACUACUACCACCACCAUUACAAAAAAAUUAAGCAACACUCACCACAUCAUAAUGAACAAGUCUGGUCAUCACAUGUCCCCUUCGAGGCUAACGGGACUCUUAAGGUGAAGUGGUGAUCUCUCUCUGGCUCCCACACAGCCUUUCGGGCAUCUCGUGUUGCUUCCCAAUGUCAAGCUUCACCUCUAGAGACAAGGUUUUCCUGGAUGCCUGGAACUGCCCAGAUAUUUUCAAAGUUACGCUGCUCACUUCACAGUCACAAAAACACAAUAAUGAUGGGGAUUCAAUUCUUUUAUGAAUAAAUGUUGAUACCAGUCUGUAAAAGCCAUUCUAAUUAGGUUAGAAAUACCAUUUUUUUUUACUAAAAUAAUCCUGAAUAGUUUAUCUAAAAGGUUGUCAAAAUAAGUAUAUUAAAAAAAGUACAAAUCUGUAUGUGAGUGAGGCGCCCCAUGAACGGAACCAGAGUAUAAACGAUGCAUCCCGCAUGGACCUGCAUUAAUUUAUGCAAACACCACUGUCCACAUACAGUAAAUAUUGUAAAUAAUGUAUACUACUACUAUACUGUACUCACCAGCAGACGCUGUCAUCUUGAACCUAAAGCAGGCAGACACUGUCCGUUGCUGAAUGUAAUUCAUAAAUGUAAUCACUUGCAAUGGAGGUGGGGGUGGAGGAUUAGUGGUCUCAUAGUACUGACCUUCUGAUGCAAUGUCAGGUCACCCAUUGUCGGGGUAGGGGAUCAGAGCAAAAGCACUUCACAUUCACUUAUAGGGAAAGUACUUCACACUAACUUAAACAGGGUAAGUACUUCACACUCACUAAAACAGAGUACAGUGUGAACUUUAGUAAUGUCUUCUCUCUGUAAGGUAAAAGAAAAACACAUGAUAAAUAAAACACUGAUGACGACCAAUAAACGUUGGGCUAUGGGUCUUACACUCAGGUGACUAAGAGAAGCAAUGGCUGGACUGUAGUUUACCAGAUGACCACGAGGUGGCGUCCAGGUAGAUGAUGCCACAGAUUACAACUGCACCGAGUGAUGCGUUCCACAUUCCGAUUUGGCGGGAUGACAAAUAUCACUAAUGCGGGUUUGUUCACAUCGCAAAUAAGAAAGUGGUCAUAAUACAUCGGCACUGUUUCACGGAUCAUGCCAGAUUGGGCGAUAUCUGUGUAUAACUGAAUUAUUAUCAAUGUGUAAAAUAUGGUAAAAUAAUGUUAUUGAGAAUUAUACGACCGUUUUAUAAUGAAUGUGUCAAUAAGCAUGAAAAAUACUCGUUGGCAUCAGCAUUACGAACAAUCAUAUACUGUGCUCGUAUCUCUGGAUGGCCUAGUUCCUUUGCUAUGAAUCAUCCAGCAACAAUGUCAUAUAUCUCAAUAACAUUAUUUUCUCACAUUUUACAAAUUGAUAAUGAUUAAACUAUGUACAAGAAAUGUAUUUUUAAGUAUACUGUAGUAUCUAUCAACUCUUUCCCUUACAGUGUUAUCAGAUAUUCUGCCUCAUCAUGCAGGUUAGCUCGUGACAAACUUCUGCUGUUCAGCAAAGCCAAAUUUUUUAGAUUACGGCUGCUUGGAAAAUAAAGGUAACCACUUGUCGACCUUUUGGCUGAAAAACCCGUUUCUCUCUGAAUUGGAAAUUAUAAGAGUACAGUACUUUAGUACUUAUUAAAAGAUUUUGAGGUAAAAAUAUCUGAAAUUAUGGCUGCUGGACGGUAAGGCUAACCCCCAUGGUGACCUUUUUGCCAAAAAACCCACAGAUAAUGUGUCAGUACAUUGCACUGAUGUCAAAACUGAACAAUAUGGAAACUGAAAAAAACACUUACUGUACCCUUGGAAGCAUAUUUACAAGCAAAUAGGUUUUGCCCAUUUGAUCUUUUGAAGUAUCAUAUAUAGAUUAAAUUUAGGUUAAUAAAAAAAUAUUGUUCAUACCUCAAACUUUAUUUGGCAGCAUAAAUUAAGACACAAGCCUACUUUAAAGAAAAGAACCUAUAUACUUUCAUUAUUUACUUCUUAAUGUUUUUGUGAUAAUUUGUGGUGCUUUAAAAGGAGUUAGUGGUUUCUGUUUGGCACUGUUAGGUAAAUAUUGAUAUUUGUUAAUAUUAAAAUCUGUCUUGGGAAAAAACUUUCGU